AAGAAAUAAACUGCAGUUCAGAGGUUGCCACCACAAACCCAUAAAAGCUCUCAGCUGCUUCACACCAGAUAAAGGCUAGUCCGAAACCAAAUCUGGCUUCAGAGACAAACUGCCCACACACACCCACAUAUGGACUAGUGGAAACAGUUGAGGAGUAAAACCUCUACCCUCUCUCACCUUUGCUAAUCUGUAUGAAGAAACACAGGGCAACAGGGCAGUGUGUUUUGAAAUAGGAAAAAAAAAAAAAAAAAAAAAAAAAAAAGAAGAAAAGAAGGAUGUGGUUAUGCCAUCUACAGAGCCUAUGGUCUGUAAGCAGAUCCUGUCAUGCUCUGUACAACAACCUGGACUGAAGCAAUGCUGCUGAUCUCCUUGCUAGGGUUCAGAAGCUGUCUGAAACAAUUCCAGAGCUGCAGGCAAUUUCUUCAGGAAGCUCUCGGAGGACAGAGGCAUUUUUUUCAGAAGACUGGAAAAGAGCAAACACGCUGACUGUCUCUUAAGAAGGUGGAAAAGGAGAAGUUGGGAAACCAUAGAUCACGAAGGCUGCCUUCAGUAUUUGGAAAAAUAUUUGAAUCACCCACUGAAGAAUCUGUUGCAAGCACCCAGAAGACAACUCAGCAAGAUAUUUCCAGAUUAUCCAUUUCAGAUAUUUCCAUUAUCCCCCACUGACUGCUGUAAACCACUCCACCUCUGAACUCCAGCACAAUAUCAACAUCUGCAUGAAAAGCAGAGGUACAAGAUUUGGCAAAGACCACGGCCAUUUCCUCAGGGAGAAAUGACCAACGACAGUGUGGGAUGCGACUUUAAAGUCAUCGACAAGUUAGCAGUCACCAUCCAGUUUGGGAUCUCCAUCCCCACCUUCAUUCUCGGCUUGCCUCUCAACGUCCUGGCCCUCUCCAUAUUCUGCCGCUUUUGGAGCAGACAGACCAAAACCUCAGUCUACAUGAUCAAUCUUGCACUUGCAGAUAUCCUGCUGCUUCUCUCACUCCCGCUUAAGCUGUUCUACUCUACUAAAGAAGCACCUGGACUCCUGUGUGCCUUUAUCCAGUCUCUGUACUUUGUCAAUACCUACGGCAGUAUCUUCAUCAUUGUCUGCAUUACUAUUGACAGAUAUAUCUGCAUAAAGCACCCAUUUGAAGGUCGGGCUAACCAAUCCCCCAAGUGGGCAGUCUUGAUUUGCUGCUUCAUCUGGGCAGUAACGUGGCUUUGCAGCAGCCCAAUGUACGUGUUUCAAGAGAAAGAUGAAUUACUUUGUUUUCACAACAUGUCAAAACAGGCCUGGAACGUUCCCUAUAUUGUUUCUGUGGAGAUUUUUGGAUUUCUGAUCCCACUCUCAGUGAUAAUUUUCUGCUCUGCCCAAAACAUCUGGAUCCUUCUGAAUCACAAAAACGGUGCUAAAAAGAAAGCAGAAGACAGAGGCUCCUUACUAGUAAUUAUCAUCAACCUUGUGGUGUUCUUGGUGUGUUUCACACCUGUCCAUCUUGCGAUCUGCCUACAGUGCCUGGUGAGACAGCACGUGAUAGUGGACUGCAGUCUGAAACAAAAAAUCAGCCUCUUCAUUCAGGUGUCAAUGAUGUUUGCCAACCUGAACUGCUGUCUCGAUACCAUCUUCUAUUACUUCGCUGUAAGAGAAUUUCGUGAGAAAACGCACCUGAAAAAAAUUAUGGAACUAUGUCCUGUCUUUAAGCCUUGCGCCACAUGAUGGGACUGCCUGCAGCGGAAGAAUGCCUCUUCCAACCUGCCACUUGCCUUGCAAGGGGGACACUGACAGCAUUAUUCCAGACACAGCAGUAAGGUUGCCUUGGCCAUUGCAGGGAGGCUGCAGGACUGAGGACUUUUUUUUUUUCUCAUGAAUGUGAAUAAUUUUUCUUCCUUUAAGAUGAAAGGAAGAAUGCUAGAAAAAAGAAUCUGCAUUAGGAAAGUGACAAUGAUGCCAAAAGAAGCAUUAGCAUUGAUGCUACCUGAAAGGUUUGCCAGAGGAAAACUACGCAGAUCACUGGAAUGCCCCUUAAAAUCAGCCUUUGUCACGGCUGUAACUGUUUUCCUUUUACCGAUGUGAUCAUAACUUUUUUUUUUUUUUGUUAAGGCCAGUCAAACACAGAAAACUAUUUAAAACCUUCUUGCUGACUUAUAAGGUAACUAAGAAUUUAAAGGAAAGUAUCUGGCCAAAGUCCGUCUGCUCUUUCCUUUGGUAAACCUUACAGAAGGUCUCUGUCUGAAUUCAUUUGCUUUGGACAGCUUGGCUGGCCUGCAAUAAUACAGAGUCACCCCUCCUAUAAGCAUUAUACACCAGCUGGGGCUGUUACACAGGACAGCAGCCCCUGCUUUUCCACAGAGGACAGCUCACCUGUAUCUUGCGUAACAGCAAUGAGCAACAAACAUCUCUGAUUAUCUUGGCUGAG